AGUGAAAGUCAGUGACCCCGCAGGAGGGACCAGCUGCCAGCCUUAUCUGCGGUACAUGGGAGUAUCAGAGCGAGUUUGUGGCUGUCGGUUGUCGCAGCCAUGAACUGCCUGAGAGCGCUGCGUCUGUCCAGCUCCGUCCAGCUGAUCGUCAAAAACACAGACGCGGUGAAGAAGGUGUUCAUCAUCCAGUCAGCAUGUUGUCUGAGCACAAAAUCCACAGCGGCGUCCCUGCGACGACCACUGCCUGCGCACUUGGACCGUUUCCAUCACAAAAUGAAUGCCUAUUCAAAGUCUGCAAGCUCUGGAGUGGAAGAAAUGCUUUUCUACACCAUCACAGAGGGAAAAGAGCAAGUCCCCAUUUCAUACUUUACCUCAGCCCUGAAGAGAACCGGCCUUCACCCAUUAGACCCUCGUCUGAAGGACUGCAUGGAGAAGCUUCGGCAGGCUGUGAAGGACUCUGCUGGUGAGGUGAUGAUGGACAAAGACCUUUUCCACAGGUGUGUCGGUGGAAACAUCGUCCUGCUGAUCCAGGCCUUCAGAAAGAAAUUCAUCAUCCCUGAGUUUGAUGUGUUUGCUCGAAAGAUAAAUGAAAUCUACAACACAGUGCAAAACCAAACUGAUGGGAAGGUUGCAGACUACAUUCCCCAGCUGGCAAAGUUCAGCCCAGAACUGUGGGGUGUGUCUUUGUGUACAGUGGAUGGCCAGAGGCAUUCAGUAGGCGACACCAAGCAGCCGUUCUGCCUGCAGUCGUGUGUGAAGCCCCUCCAGUAUGCCAUCGCCGUCCACGAGGCGGGAACAGAAAAGGUUCACCGUUAUGUAGGCAUGGAGCCGAGUGGAUUCAAGUUCAACAUGCUUUCGCUUGAUGAUGAAGAUAAGCCCCACAACCCCAUGGUGAAUGCUGGAGCCAUAGUGAUCAGCUCUCUUAUCAAGCCUCGUUCCAAUAAGGCAGAGAAGUUUGACUAUGUUAUGGAGUUUGUGAAAAAAAUGUCAGGCCAAGAGUAUGUGGGAUUCAGCAACGCCACGUUCCAGUCAGAAAAAGAAACAGGCGACAGAAAUUUUGCCAUUGGAUACUACAUGAAGGAGAAAAAGUGUUUUCCCCCGGGAGCAGAUAUGAUCGACAGCCUGGACUUCUACUUCCAGCUUUGCUCCAUUGAGGUGACCUGCGAAUCAGGAAGUAUCAUGGCUGCCACUUUGGCUAACGGAGGGAUCUGUCCAAUCACAGGCGAGCGUGUCCUGAGUGCCGAAGCAGUGCGAAACACUUUGAGUCUCAUGCACUCGUGCGGCAUGUAUGACUUCUCUGGCCAGAUGGCUUUUCAUGUGGGCUUGCCGGCCAAAUCCGGGGUUUCCGGUGCAAUACUGCUGGUGAUACCCAACGUCAUGGGAGUGAUGUGUUGGUCUCCACCACUGGACAGAGUUGGAAACAGCGUCCGGGGAAUACACUUCUGUGAGGAGCUCGUGUCACUCUUCAAUUUCCACAAUUAUGACAACUUGAGGCACUUUGUAAAGAAGCAUGACCCUCGCAGGCCGGAUGGAGACGACAGGAACAAGUCUGUUUUCAAUUUGAUGUUCGCCGCCUACAGUGGAGAUGUGUCGGCCCUGAGAAGGUUCGCGCUGUCAAACAUGGACAUGGACCUGAAAGACUACGAUUCUCGAACAGCGCUACAUAUCGCUGCAGCAGAGGGUCACAUAGAUGUGGUGACGUUCCUCACUGAAACCUGCAAAGUUGAUCCAUUUGUAGAAGACAGGUGGGGGAACCUACCAGUCGAUGACGCCAUGCAGUUCCGACAUGAUGAGAUAGUGAAGGUGCUGAAAGACUACCAGCAGGUCUUUCGGCAGCAGGAAAUGCAGCACACUGAGGCUGAGCAUUCCCCGAAGCUGGACACUAUUGAGGGCAUGGUGUGAUGUCUCUUUAAUAGAGUCCUCAAGCUGUAACAUGUCAGGGCAUUUGUGCAAUCUGUCAAGUUUUGAAAUUGGAAGCUCAAAUUGUAGCACAUAAAAUGUGUGCCAUACAAAGAAAAGAAUAUGACAAUAUACACAUGAAUGAACUAUGCAAACUGCAGUAAAGGAAGAGAUUUUUAUCAGUGAAAAGAAAAAUGGUAAGGAGAUGCAAAUAGAAUAUGAAGUAGACCAGAAAAUACAGUGCAGACAAUAGCCAGAGUACAAAUACAACAAGCCAAGAGAAUACAACAUUUGUGGGUUUGUGUGAAUAAUAACAUACCCUGUGAACAGCCUAAUGUCAAAUCAGUGUUGCUGGAAUACAUCGCCAACCUGGACACAAUGUUCAUGUUAUGGUGAGAUUUAUGUAGUGUUGUGGAGUGUCACAGAGCAGAUUUGAUAAACUCAAAAGAUCGAUAUUUAUACUUAUAAUGCGUCUCAUUUCUUACGACAGUACAUUUUUACUGUUAUCUAUUUUUAUUAUUCCAUUGUGCCUUGUUGAGACCUUUGAAUAUAUGUAAAACUAUAUAAUCUUAAAAAAGGAAAACAAGGGAAGGAUUUGUACAUGAUCCCAAUAUACAUAUUGUCAAAUACAUUGUAUAUAUUACGUUCUUCAGCUGUAAAUAAGUACACUGGAUUCUUGAUACAUAAAUACUAUAUAUAAGUAUUAUAAUAACAUUUAUGCACAUUUAAACUUUGCGUGAAUAACAAAUUCCAAAGAGUAAUUCAUUAUGUGAAAUAUUUUGACAUUGAACAUCUAUUAAACAUAUUUUAUUUAUCUGCCA